CUCGCUGUCAGCAAGAGCGAAAGCAACUUCCUGUUGGGGCCGGAAGCAGAGCCGUGACAUCAGCGCGACGCGGAGGUCAGAAGCCCUCUCUUACAGCCAUCUUGGAUCCUGUACCCUGAACAAUCCAGAAUGCCAGGCGAAGCCACAGAAACUGUCCCUGUUACAGAGCAGGAGAUGCAGCAGCCCCAGGCUGAGACGGCCACACCUGCUGCUGCGGCUCCUGCUCCCUCUCAGGCAAAGCCUAAAGAGGGCAAAACUAACCCCAAGCUGUCUUCUCCUCACACCACCGCUCCUAAGCCAGUUCCUGCUGGACGCAGGAAACGCUCCUCUCUUUCUGCCUCUUCAAGCUCCCCUACCUCUCCUAAAUCUGCCUCUGGCCCUCGUGCUGGCCCUCCCUGCUCCCCUUUGGCCUCUCCUCCAGCUGACUGUCCUUUAGCUGUGAAAACUGAGCAGACUGCUCCCAAGGUGGUAAAGGCUGGCAAACAAGGGAAGCAACAGAAAGCAAAGAAUUUUAAACCUGUUGAACCUGAGCAAGCACCUCCCUCUGCCUCUAAGCCUGCUCAGGAGCCUGCAGCAGUUGCAGCUCUGCCGUCUCUUGCUAUACCAGAACCAGAGGUAGCAAAAUCAGCAGGAGUUGGAAAUGCUUCCCCUGUCUCUCCCAAAGUUGCUGUGGCUCCUGUUGCCUUUAAAGUAACUUCUAAAUCUGCUGCCCCAGCACCAAAGUCAUUUACAGAAGCUGUGGCCGCCAGUCCAACCAAAGUGGCUGAAGCCCCCAAGGUUGUCCCUGAAGCUCCAAAAUUAGCAACCCCUGCUGUUUCAGAAGCCAAGACUCCUUUGCCUUCAAAAGCAGCUGCUAAGCCUGGCCCUGCCAAAGUGCCAAAUGUGAACCCAGCCACUGCUGCUCCCCCAAAACCUGCUCCUGCAGAAUUUGAGGAUGAUGAUCUCCCACCUCUCUUACCACCUGAGAAUCCUUUUACAAUGUCUGAUUUUCCCCCUAUGCCACCUAGUACAAUUCCCGUAGUUACCCCAACUGCUCCUAAAGCAGAACCUGUCUCUACCAGUAAAGCUGAAUCUGCCCCUAAAGCAAAGGCUGCUCCCAAAGCUAAGCCAGCUCCUAAGGCUGAACAGAAAGCAGCACCUGCCCCAAAAUUUGAGGCUGCACCGAAAAUUGACCCUACUCCUGCCCCUAAAAUUGCAGUCACUUCUGUCCCUAAAACUGAGGCUGCUCCUACACCUAAAGAAAAGCCUUCCCCUAGCCCUAAAGCUGAGCCUGUUUCUGCCACUAAGGUUGAGGCUGCCCCUAAAGCUGAGUCUGCUCCUGCCGUUAAAGUUAAACCUGUGGCUGCUCCCAAAGCUGAGGCUGCUCCUGCACCUAAAGUUAAGUCUGCUCCUAGCCCUAAAGCUGAGCCUGUUCCCGCCCCUAAGGUUGAUGCUGCCCCUAAAGCUGACUCUGCUCCUACCUCUAAAGUUGAGGCUGCUCCUGCCACUAAAGUAAAGCCUGUUGCUGCUCCUAAAGCUGAGGCUGUUCCUGCCCUUAAAGUUGAGCCUGAGCCUAAAGUUAAGCCUGCUCCUGCCCCUAAAGCUGAGUCUGCCCCUGCUUCUAAAGCUGAGGCUGCUGCUGCACCUAAAGUUAAGUCUGCUCCUAGCUCUAAAGCUGAGCCUGUUCCUGCCCCCAAGGGUGAGGUUGCCCCUAAAGUUAAGCCUACUCCAGCCCCUAAAGCUGAGUCUGCUCCUGCACCUAAAGUUAAGUCUGCUCCUAGCCCUAAAGUUGAGUCUGUUCCUGCCCCUAAGGUUGAAGCUGACUCUGCUCCUACCUCUAAAGUUGAGGCUGCUCCUGCCGCUAAAGUUAAGCCUGUUGCUGCUCCUAAAGCUGAGGUGGCGGCUUCUAAUGUGGAGCCUGUUCCUGCCCCCAAAGUUGAGCCUGCCCCUAAAGUUAAGCCUGCCUCUGCUGCUAAAGCUGAGGCUGCUCCUGCCCCUAAAGGCAAGCCUACCCCGAAAGCUGAGGCUGCUGCUCCUAAAGUUGAGGCUGCUUUUGCUAAUGUUGAGUCUUCUGCCACUAAAGUUGAGGAUGCUCCUAAUGUUAAGCCUGUUCCUGCAUCUAAAGUUAAGUCUGCUCCGGCCCCUAAAGUUAAGCCUACCCCUGCUCCUAAAGUUGAGGCUUCUGCCCCUAAAGUUGAGGCUGCCCCUACCCCUAAAGCUGAACCUGUCCUUGUCACUAAAGUUGAGCCUGCCCCUGUUUCCAAACCUGUUAAAGCCCCAUCCAUACUGGAGCCAGUCAUCAAGAACGACGAGGGGUCUGGCACUGAAUCUGACAGUGACGAAUCUGUUCCUGACCUGGAGGAGCAGGACUCCGCACAGACACAAACACAGCAGGCACAGCUUGCAGCUGCAGCUGAAAUCGACGAGGAACCAGUCAGCAAAGCAAAACAAAGCAGGAGUGAAAAGAAAGCCAGGAAGGCCAUGUCAAAACUGGGAUUGAGACAAGUUGCUGGUGUUACCAGAGUAACCAUUCGCAAGUCCAAGAACAUCCUCUUUGUCAUCACCAAACCAGAUGUCUACAAAAGUCCAGCUUCAGAUACUUACAUUGUCUUCGGUGAGGCCAAGAUUGAAGAUCUGUCCCAGCAAGCUCAGUUAGCAGCCGCAGAGAAGUUCAAGGUUCAAGGAGAAGCCGUUUCAAACAUCCAAGAAAACACACAGACGCCCACAGUACAGGAGGAGAGCGAAGAGGAAGAGGUUGAUGAGACGGGAGUGGAGGUCAAGGACAUUGAGCUGGUCAUGUCACAGGCCAAUGUAUCCAGGGCAAAGGCUGUGCGUGCACUGAAGAAUAACAAUAAUGACAUAGUCAAUGCUAUUAUGGAAUUGACGAUGUAGAUGGAGAUCAGGGACUGGGUCACAUUAAGAUGUUGCUGAUUUGAUCUACACUAUUGUUUGUACAAUUUAUACCCAAGAGAAAUAAAGGCGUGGCUUGAUGAAAUUAUA